CAUCAUCUUCAAAAGGCUCACCGGAUGUAAGUGUAGCGGCGGCAUCUACUUGCCGCGCUCGCUAUUGCUAGGCGACGGGCUUUUUACGUGACCCGAUUCGAGCUCCAUCCAGGGUCGCUUCGUCAUUGUAGCAGCUCCCUCUCCUCUCCACUCACUCACUCACUCACAUCCUACUCGACACCCCUCUUCUCCCUCUCCUCUGCAUCCCUCCUCACAUAUCCCAGGUAGCCAGGCGACCCACAAAAUGUCUUACGCGGGGAAUCCGUUGGUGAUAUUAUUCGGGGUCUUGAUGCUGCAUUCGGGCUCCGCUGAGAACGCGGGGUUUGUAAAGUCCCCCCUCUCUGAGACUAAGCUGACGGGCGACACUUUUGAGCUGUACUGUGAUGUUGUGGGGAAGCCCACACCUGAGAUCCAGUGGUGGUACGCCGAGGUGAACAGGGCCGACAACUUCUUCCAGUUGUGGGAUGGCGCGCGCAGGCAACGCAUGUCCAUCAACACCGCGUACGGCGUCAAUGGUGUAAGCGUGUUAGCUGUCACUCGCGUCACCAUCGAGGAUUCUGGGAUUUAUGAGUGCAGAGCCAGUAAUGACCCGCGGCGUAACGAUUUGCGCCAGAAUCCGUCCACUACCUGGAUUCGAGCCCAGGCAACAGUUACGGUGUUGCAGAAACCAUCAAUCGAUUCAUCGGAUCACAUGAUUUUGACCGCGAGUCACCACAUCCCACCAAUCACGCUUCAGUGCAACCUUACAGUUUCCCAAAACACCCACCGCGAGAGCUUCUGGAUGAAAAAUGGGGAGGAGAUCUCAGACACAAGGAGCGAAGCCAAAAACACAGAGUACAGAAUUAAUAAACCAAGGACAGAUGAUGCGGGCGAGUAUAUGUGCGUGUACACAUUUGAUUCGGUCCCCCAAGCUAAUGCCACCAUUGAGGUAAAAGCUGCACCAGACAUCACGGGGCACAAGCGCAGUGAGAAUAAGAAUGAGGGUGAGACAGCCGUCCUCUACUGCAAAUCUGUGGGUUAUCCUUAUCCCCUGUGGACCUGGCGUAAACUCGAUAGUGGAGCCAAUAUGGAUAUCGACAACUCCUCCCGCCGCUUCUUCAUCAGCAGCAGGGAUGGCUACACUGAGCUGUCCAUCAUUAACCUCGACCUCACGUCUGACCCCGGAGAGUACGAGUGCAACGCGACCAACACCAUCGGCUCCUCCUCCAUGAAAUCAGUCCUGCGGGUCAGGAGCUACCUGGCCCCCCUGUGGCCCCUCCUGGGCGUCCUCGCUGAGAUCAUCAUCCUGGUGCUGAUCAUCGUCAUCUACGAGAAGCGCAAGAAGCCCGAUGAUAUGCCUGACGAUGACGAACCAGCAGGGCCAAUGAAAACUAAUUCCACCAACAACCACAAAGAUAAAAACCUACGUCAGAGAAAUACAAAUUGAUUUGAUCAUUACAAGAUAAAGACAUUCACAUCAUGACCAUAUGAACAUUACUCAUUAACGGUUCAGCGCAUUGGUAAACAAAUAAAAGGUGGAAGGAGUUAAAGGGAAGACUGAAAUGAAUGAGCUGCCGAGGCAUGCCUUAUAAAUCUGGCGUGAGGAGGACGAGUGAACCCGAACGGAACCUGAUUCUGAACAUUUCCUUGCAUGAUUGUGUUGCGUUUUUCUUUAGAAUCUCUUUCAUUCGAGUCGACUUUUUUUCCAUGUCAGGCAAAAGUACAAAAAUAAUAAUUGCAUGCAAGAUAUUCUACUGUUUGAUACAGGCUGAUUGAUUUUUUUUCUCUCCGUUUGUGUAUUAUGAAUGACUUCUGUUCAAGCAAGCCUUUAUCUUAUCGCAAAUAUGCCACCAUGAUUCUGGUAUGACCGUUUUUGUACAGAUUAUCAUGUUACGGUAUGGUGGCAUACGAUUCUAUCAAUCAAUCGUAUGAAUCAAGGGCUUUGCAAAGUCUCCUGCAAUGUUUAAUUUGUACAUGUAUUAUACAUUGAUGUAUGAAAUCACUUGAAAUAUCUAUAGAUAUCUGAAUGUUCUUCAUACUGAUGCACUUAUCUCUUCAACUAAUAUUCUCGCAAACCAGUGACUUCGUUUUAUACUCAUGUACCUUAUCUUCUUUGAUGGCUUUUUAUGUAUGCAUAGUAUACAGCAUGGCUUUUAUUCUAUGCAAUAUCUUUACAGUAGAACACACUUUUUAGCUUUUGGUUGUGUAUAAUUAAGCUUUAAUAUUAUAAGUUAGCAGAGUGCUCUGUUUAGACCAUGAGAAACAAUCCACAUGAUGCAUGAGUCCUUACGCAUAUAAAAGGUCUACUAAUUCAGAAUGUGAAGAGAAAUUAAUAUUCUAUCAAUCGACCAAGGCAUACAGUAUACAGUCAUUUUUAACAAUUAAAAUAUCCAAAGUCAAA